UCCAUCUCCAUCACCAAGAAGAGAGAGCCUAGCAGCGACUACAAAGGGUGGAGACUGAUGGGAAUGGGAUCACCAAACUCACUCAAAGAUCAAUCUCGCUCCUUCACAAAGCUCCGAUCUUGGGCUCUUUAUACUCUCUUUCCCUUAACCCUCCUUCACCUCUACUUCUACCCUCUCCACCUCACCCACUCUUUUUCAAAUCAGACCCCUCUUCACAAGCCUUUGGUCAUCUCUGCUCAAGUAUUAAAGAGAGGAGAAUUUAAGGAGAAGCAAAUUUCUUGCGAUUACUUCAAUGGCAAAUGGGUACGCGACAAGGCGGGGCCUUUGUAUAACGGCACCAGUUGCAGUACCAUCAAGGACGGCCAGAAUUGCCUGAGUCAUGGUCGCCCUGACAAGGGCUACCUCUUUUGGAGGUGGAAACCCAAGCAAUGCAGGUUGCCCAGGUUCAAACCCUCCACCUUCCUCUCCCUUCUUGAGAACAAACAUGUGGCCUUCGUCGGUGACUCCAUGGCCAGGAACCAAUUGGAGUCCCUUCUCUGCCUCGUCUCCUCAGCUUCCUCCCCUGAUCUCGUCUACCGCAGCGGCGACGACAACAAGUUCCGCCGGUGGCAUUUCCCUUCUCACAACCUCAACAUCUCCGUCUAUUGGUCCCCAUUCCUCGUGAAAGGGAUCGAGAAAUCUGACACCGGUUUCGAUCACAACAAGCUCUACUUGGACUCCGUGGACGAGAGAUGGGCGUCUGAAUUGGAUCAGAUAGACAUACUGGUACUGUCGGUGGGUCACUGGUUCCUCCACCCGGCUGUGUACUACGAGAAGGAAUCUGUGCUUGGCUGCCAUUACUGCCCUGGUCAAAAUCACAGCGAGAUCGGCUUCUACGAUGUGUACAGGAAAGCUUUCAACACGACCCUGAAGGCAGUAAUCGAUAGGCGUGGUGGGGAUGGGAUGGAUGUGAUCGUGACCACAUUCUCGCCGUCGCAUUUCGAAGGGGAAUGGGAUAAGGCAGGGGCGUGCCCAAAGAAGAAACCCUACAAGGAUGGGGAGAAGGUGGUGGAGGGAAUGGACGCAGAGAUGAGGAAGAUUGGUGUGGAGGAGUUGGAAGGAGCGAUAGCGAGGAAGAAGGAGUUGGAGAUGGGAACAGGGAAGACGGCAGCAGGGCUAAGGUUGCAGGUGUUGGAUGUAACAAAACUAGCAUUGAUGAGGCCGGACGGCCACCCUGGACCGUACAUGUACCCUUUCCCAUUCGCGAAUGGGGUGCCAGAACGUGUACAGAAUGACUGUGUACAUUGGUGCUUACCUGGGCCCAUUGACACCUGGAACGAGAUAUUAUUGGAGGUCAUUAGAAGGUGGGAGACCCAUUCAAGGUACGGCUCCAAGAUGAAAGUUGGAAGGAGGCUCUAAGAAGUUGAAAGGAGAAGAAUGGGCAA